AUGCCUGCAGAUACCUCCCCACGAAGCAUCGAAACUAUCAAAUCACGAACCGAAAAAACGAAGGAUUUCACUAUGGAUCAAAGAAGUAUUUCGUCUUCUACGAAGAUAACGCCCGUCAACAGUGCAUCCCCGGGAAUAGAGGCAGGUACCUGCGAGAGACUUGAUCCGUACGGUCUGCCGUUGCAGCCAAACCCCACGAAUGAUCACCUUGAUCCGUUGAAUUUCAAUCAAUAUACCAAAUUGUGCUGUCUUCUGGUUGUGUUCAUCUACAGUCUGCUUAUUGUUUAUUCAACCACCGUCUAUAUACCUGUUACAUUGGCCUUGCAGACCCAAUUCAAUGCCUCCUAUCAGGACAUUUCGUGGAGUAUCGCCACUCCCUCUUUGGGCCUUUCAAUAAGUCCAUUGAUCUCAAGGCCAUUUGCCGAUACAUAUGGUCGGAGGAUUGUUCUCAUCAUUAGUAUCAGCAUUGCUAUUAUAGCAAGUGGAUGUGCUUCUAUCCAGUCAAUCAAGCUGAGCGGAUACAUGGCCGCUCGAUUUUUUCAGGGACUUGGAACCGGACCAGGAUUGAAUGUCGGUCUCGCCAUCUUAGACGACAUUUCCUGGAGCCACGAACGAGGAUUUCGGAUUGGUCUCUGGGUUAUGGGAACGACCAUUGGAGCCCCACUAGGCCUUCUAAUUGGGGGUUUUCUUGGAGAGGCAAAUCAGUUUUGGUCAAGCUACCACCUUGUCAUUCUUUACUCUGUCCUCCUCGCGCUCAUCAUAAUCACCCUACCGGAGACUCUUUAUCCUCGCGAUUUGAUUGUUGCUGAAACACCGAUGGCUUUGACCGAAAGCCAUAUUACCCCUAGCAAUGGGGUAGAAACAAUAAAGCGAACUAAAAAUAUCCCUCUCUGGGUAAGGAAAACCUCAACACCCACCCAUAAUUCUUGA